GGUUUACAAACCCCCGCCAAUGGAUUGGAAUAGCUUCAAUCACUGCCUCCCCACUUAGUGCUACACACUUUCGGAGAAAUUAGGCGUCAGUGGCCGCGAGUUAGUCGAGUAGGGAUAACGAAUCACUUGUUAUGAACUGGAGACGUAGCUCGCUUACAAAGACACCGUUUACGAAUUGUGUCUCCAGAGACCGAUCGUCAGAAGGAGAAGCGAGUGGACAUAUUCUGGGUUCGCUUUCCACGUCACCGUUCCCCCGGCUAGAGGGCCAAGGACAUCAGAAGGACGGCAGAUCGAAGUGGGGUGGAUAGCGCUCAGGGAGGGGCGAGGAGGGGUUCACGGUCAACGGCGAUGCAGUCGCGGUGGGAGUUCUGCAGCAACCCAACCCCACAAUCACAACAACCAAAGCAGACAAGGAUCCCAAUAUUUUCGGACCGUGACUCAUGGCCAUCCACGGGACCGUGCUUACAUGCCGGUGUCUAUCCCUUGAAGGGUUUACCUGAUCCGUAAAGCUCUAACGAGCUAUGCCAGCCGCGGUAUUCUGGAGUUCUCUGAGAAAUUAGAGUGGCUGGUCCCGGAUGCAACGAGAUGUGUUUUGAUAUCUUAGCUGGUCUCAUGCUGAAUGUCUUGUCGCUCCGUGGUUCAAGUUGUGCGCACUUGGAUAUUGACAGCUCGUCGGGACCCCUAGUGGUGGAGCGGCACAGUGAAAACAAUUAUGAUACCACGAAUGACGAUUGAGCAGAGGGCACUUUUUACCAAGGCUGCUCCAGCGGAGUUUCCACAGCACAGCCAGAUCCUUUUGUAUGAUAUAAGGAAAAAGUAACGGCACGGAGACAAAGUACCGCCACGAAACCGAGGGCCUCACUUAGCCGUCUCCGAGUCUCUUAUUACCGUCACGGGGGCACUGGGGGGGGCAGAUGGGAACAGGUACGGUGAAACUCAUGCUAAACGCUAACGGCGUGCACCCAGAUGAGGCUCUGUAACCUAGGGUUAGGGUUUCUAUUUGUGUCUACCCAGCUCGAGGGUCAUUCGGGAAGCUGAUGGCUGAUUGGGGCGAAUGCAGAUGACACCCACGGACCACCCUCGUCUCCCACAAGCCUCUUCUUGCCCACAAUAAUAACACUUGACAACUCCCCACUCUACGGUGACGACCCCCAGCGGAUCCGUCCGACAAGGCACCAACUGGCCACGAGUAUUCUAGAAGUUCCAUUAGCCCAGCAGGCACUUAUGAUUCGCACUCGGACUCUGGUUUAUGGGCUAGUCCCAGUACCAGCGAUCGCUCCCUGGCCCGCAGGGCCCGAAUCUGCGAACCGGCAUUUUUAAAUACCGGGUAUUUUUUGUUACUGCUAUCUGCCUACCCAAAAUGGUCCGGGUUGGGAACCGACUCACCUCUUGCCAAUUUUGCGGAAUUAGGGGGUCGGUGGCCUUUGACUGUUGACCUAUGGGGUAUGUCCUAUUUCUACGUACUCUACUAUCUACUGCUAUUCAUAUGACUCUUUUUGCUGCAAGCCUAGAGUUUUUACUGCUGCGCACGCUCCUAGGGUGAUCGACGGUACCCUUUAUCAUCACCAAGUGCUUCUACCUGAUUACGCCGAGGGAAGCCGCUAUAUUCCACUCCAGAUAUCCCGAAAACAAUGUAUGUUUGUAUCUCCCGGGGUAUGAAGUACUUUGUGUGUCACAUAUGUGUUCCCUUUAGGGCGUCUCCAGUCAUAUCUGGGCAGUGUUCAUGAUGUCGGAUUCCCUUUGCUAAAACAGAGGACAGGGCGAUCUCUCGGUGGCCAUCCACCCAGCUGAAGGCUGUUCGCAGUGACUAUUGUCAUGACCGCGACCAGCCUGAGAGCCUUGAGUGUUUAGUUAAGCUCUUUUGGGCGUACCAGCAUUGCCCUACCUCACACCCUCCGGCAAGCUUAGGGGUAGCGAUACCCUGCGUAUGCGCUUUUUUAUUGCUAAUGUUGACUCCUCUACUCUGCAAUUACCCUAACCCGCUCGCUCUUUACCGUGCUUUCCCCUCUUCUCAAGUCCAGCAUAAAAGGUCAGGGAGUUCCCUGUCUGGAAACACCAUCCAACACAUAUCCCACUGUUGUUCUCGAGACAAGAACGCAUUCAUACUCUACAUCGAGCCUUCGACCGUUCCACCUCCUCCAGAGCACAGAGCAACCCACACAACACACAAAGACAGCCCCGUAUCUUCUAUUGCUUUCCUCACCUUUAAAACUUUUUCAGCGCAAACCAACACCAAUUCUCAUUUCAACACCAUGUCUGGCAACGGCGCUGGUAUCGUAUCGACCCCCGAUGCUUGGUACUGUGUAAGUGACAGAACUCCCAUCUUGUAUCCCAUGCAUUGCGACUUACCGCGAUCUCUUUAUCAGCCGAGCUGUGGUUAUGGGCCUCACAAUCCUCUCCUCGAUGUUGGCUGCGCCAACUGCGGGUACAUACCUCGCCGCAGGCACAGACAGCAAGCGCACUCCUUUAUAUCUUUGAUGCCAUCCACCUUUCCAAUUGCCCACGAAACUCUUCCUGGAGCAACUUUGAUAUCGCCUCCGACUACUGAGGCAAGUGAGCUCUGCCACUCCAACACCCUCUACCACUCUUUACCAACAAUUGCGUACACACCGAACGAUUUCGCCCAGCACACAACCAGUCGCUAAGCCAACAACAUAGGUUCGCAAGGAGUUGAGUUUCCCACCUCGAAUUAGUCGUCGCCCUCCAUAGAUUCCUAUUAUGCAAACAGAUAGAUGGAAAAAAAGAAAGAAAGAUCGGGUUGCGACGAUCAUACACUACGGCAACGGAGUUUCACGUCAUUUGGGAUUUGCGAUUAGAUCGGUUGGUUACACAUGGAGUUUGGCGAAAUCCCACGCCGUUCGCUUAGUUAUCCUAUUCGGGAAUAGAAGCGCGGUUUAGGGUUGUUUUCUUUGUUGUUCUUUUGUCUCCCUUUUUUCUUUUUUUUUCCCUUUCUCUCUCUCUCUCUCUCCUCCCCUCUCUCGUUAGUUUUUCCGGAUCCGCAUGGAAGGUUGUGGGCUAGGCUACCGGUAUGGUGGGACAAAAUAGAAAAGAAAAAUUCUCGAGAAAAGACUUUAACCUGUUUUUUUUUUUCACCUUUCUGGCGGUUGUUCUCCUUGUUUCCUUUCCCCCAUCAGUAUGGUACUUCACCUACGGCAGUAGUUUGCAAAACCACUCUUGCAAUACACCCAUCUCCGUUAUUGAUUUUUUUUUGCGGCUGUUCACUCGUUCAUCUUUCUUUGCACCUCGUCCGUGUGCGAUGUUCUAUGAGGCGACAGCGGCGGCGAUGGCGGCGGCGAUUCAUCCAUUUGUCUUGUUUUCCCAUCCCGAGGAAGCGUGCGGUUUAACUUGACCAACAUCUUCACAUUUCGCGUGAAUGCUCCCCGGCAUCGUGGGGCUGCGGCACCCUCAUCCGAGACUGCCUGCCUACGUACCUGCUGAGUUGUCCUGUCUUGUCCAGCUGGGGCCCUAAAUCGCAGACAGACCAAGCGGACCAACCUUAGGUUUUUUUUUUUCGAACAUAUGGCGCUCAUUACUAUCCUGUCUUCAUCGUCGCACAGGACCGCUCUUUCUCUAUCUACCCUUCAGCAUGUCUCUGCACGUUCUGCUUCUUUUUCUUCUUUUUCAUGAUUCACCCUCUUUGGACCUCCCAUGCAGCGCUACUCUAGAUAUUGAUUAAUUGAUCUAAUCGAUCGAUUGAUGGAGGACCUGGCUCCAGCCUUCCGAAAUCCAGCCCCCGAUUUUCUCGGGAGCCUAUUUUGCUAGGGCAUGUUUUGGGAAGUUUUUUUAUAUUUUUUAUCAGCUAGACUUUUUGUUAUUCAUUCAUCUACUUUACUUUAAAUUUACUUUGAUUCUGCUCCUCACUUGCACAUCCAUGCAUUCCCCGGCCUUGUACCCUAUUCUUCAGUGAUUGCAACCCAAUCAAGUUCGAACCCAAUUCAACCUAGUCCUUUUUACCAAUAAUGCGACUGCAUCAUACGAGUACCCGAGUACAGGUACAGGUACAGUACUUCCAACCACCUCCCACUUUCAACCUAAUGCCGCCGGUACACAGCACUAGUGCGGUACCGCGCGCCAAUCAUACUAAAUUUAGCACUCGCCGCCUCGAGACACCCCAAGUACGAGUCAGUCAGUGGUCACGAGUUGUAACCCUUCACAUUACGAUACCUUCGUGCUGUUGCAAGACAAAGUCCCACAAAACACACCUGCUCGAUCAGCCAGUCGAAGAAGAGACAGGUAGAAAGAAUCCAAAAGGAAGCAUCCUUAGCUUGGCCAUGGCCCCUUUCCUCUACCCCGAAUUCUUAAUUUCCUACAGCUUGUUGUUUCUCGCUCCUGGGAAGCGGCAGUGAUAGCUCUACAAAUGGCACCUCCCCCUCCCCCCUUCCCAUCGGGAGGGAAGAUGGGCCUUAUGUAGUGACAUGGAAUAGACAUUUAGUAGGAACGGCACCGACGGACAGAUGAAUAGUGGAGAGAGAAUUAGUGCUUUCUCCUUUUGACACACACUUCCUUCCUGUCUUCUCAUCAAGCAUACGAGUAGCGUGAUACUGUAUAGUGCAGUUCAGUUCCAGGCUGUAUUACAUGCUAAUGGUCAGGCGCACAAGUAACUAACUUUCGGGGUGCAAGAGAUGUGAUAGGAAUACCGGUAUAGUAUUCAAUAAGUUUACUUUGUCCUCCUCCUCCUUUUUUUCUCUUUUCUUUUUUUCCAUUUGAUGAAUCUCACCAUCAACUGGACACCCGCCGUUGGCCUCAGAAUUAAUAUCGUGCUGCGUCGGGCCCUUUCUCCGUGCCAUUCAUCCAUGAAGGCCGCUUGUGCCUGAGUGGGGCUUUUUCUUUCUUUUUCUCCCCUUCUCCCCGCGAAGCCCAGUGCCUACUGCGCAAGAGCUUGUCGCACAAGAAGCGCAAGGCGAGCCACGCGCAUGCUUGGGAAACUUAUUAGCGAUACUCUCCACGCCCAAAUCUGGUGGAGGCGGGUAUCCGCGUCAGCCUUCGCUUCCUCAUUCAGUCCCGGGCGGAUUUGCCCGCCAGAAACUUGUUCGCCAGCCUUGAAAAUGUCUGAUAAAUGCCUGAUAACUGGCGUUCUUUCCCCACCCCCACUCCCCCCGCAUCAACGAGAAGGGGAAUGGAGUGGGGUUAAGGGAUCGGGCCAAUUGGGUUAGUGCAAUAGAAUCCAAGGAGUGCAAAUAUGAUAGCACAAUACUCCUAUAAGGGAAGGCUGAACCCCAUGAGCGAAAGACCUAGACACCAACUCACGUACCCGUGAACUAAAAUAAACUCAAGAAUGAAGGCCGAAUCGAUACGGCCAGAGAGAAGAGAGGGAACGAAACGAUUGGCCGGACAAAAAAAAAAAGACGAGAGAGUAUGAUAUGGUAUGAUGGCGACAUCAAACAAACGGUGGAAAAGUGAUCCGUCGAGUUUCACGGCGGGAGCAAGCCUCAAGGAAACCCUGAUGAUCCCGAGCUUCCCGCAGAUCUCCCGGGCGGACACGUGUGUUCCAACUGAUUGACUGAGGACAACGUAGGCCCGUCGUAGGGUACUUUCUCAUGUGUUCAUAUAAUGAAGGAAAGGAGAUGGCCAACCUGUGAGACACUGGACGAAAAGGUACACAGCAUUGGUUGGGUAUGAUGAUGAUGAAGUUAAGAGACGUGUGUGACAGAAUGAUCACCAAUGCGUCUGUAAGCGGCACGCCACGGCAGUCGACGCUGAAAACCGUUAUCAAAGUCCUGGAAGAAGAACCUUAAUUACCUCAUCGUUUGAGAUUAAGGGUGGAGCGAACUAACUUGCUACUGUAAGCGCGGGGGAGUGGUGUUACUAUAUCACGAUUGGAAUCGAUUGGAUCGGGUGAGAAUUUAGACCACCGGGACGGUAGACGAGGGAGGGGAAGGAGGGGCGAGGCAUGUGGGCAGGUGUACUCGAGUACAGUACUCGACUAUCGUACGGCAGUCCAACGAGAAGCCGAGCCCAAUUGGUACAGCGCUUGGACUUGCGGUAUCUAGUAACACGUUGGGCGGAGAAAGCCACGGUGCCCUGUAAUCUCUUCCGGCGUCCGUUUCGUUUGGGAGUUCUGAUUCCGAGAAUACCGGCACGAGUACUCGUACAUCCUAUCGACCAUCACCGGUAGAAGCAACCUCGUAAUAGAAAUUAGCCUGUCAGUAACCCGCCAAUCAAGCCUUGAUUCAGCUGCCCCCUCGAGAGAAACCCCCCACCAAGGACAGGCGAUGAGCUUCUGCCGUUGCAGACCCGGAUCCGUGGGAUUUUGGAGAUCAUGUGAGAUGUUUUUCCUUCCCCUUUUCCUUCCUCAAACCGUUCCCCUCCGCUAAUGAAUGCUCGGAUUGCUAGUGUGCCGUAGCGAGGGUGGGGAGCAGACGCCUGAAUUUUUCGGCCUUAUCUCCUCUCUGUUUUUUUGGGUGCUAGCAAUCCGUUUUGAAAAUGGGUCUUGGGGGGGCACUGGCAUCGUGGGAAACAGCGCGGUGGUGGUAUUACCGGUAUACUGUACUCGAGUAUCGUGCAAGUACUGUGCGUCAGUUUGGUCACGGAGCAGAAGAAUACAGGAGGGAGAAGGAAGAAAUGGUUAGGGACACACCCUCUUCCGGGUCUGUAGAGCACUCUGCAAGUGAACACAGCGCACACCUCUGCCAAACUCCUCUACGGUACGUCAAGUCCUGUAUGAUACUGUCGCCACGGUAGUUUUUCUUUUUGACCGCCGGUUGACAACGUGAUCAAUAACCUGCAUCUCGCGGCACCGCAUCCAGCGCCAACAUUUAAAAUAAUAAAAAAAGAAAAGAGAGAGAACCAAACCUCAUCCCUUGAUUCCCUUCUGCC